CUCCCACGAUCCCUUGCGGCGAGCCCUCCUGGGCAAGGUGAAGAAGCUGGCGGCCCAGCCAAGAUGGCGGCGUACCUGACCCACCAGCAGAAAGUGCUGCGUCUCUACAAGCGGGCGCUGCGGCACCUCGAGUCCUGGUGCAUCUUCCGGUGAGAGACGGGGGGGGGGCUGCUCCCCGGGACCCUCCCCUCUCUUUGGCCGCCCUCUCCCGUUAUCUGCGGGGGUCCGAGGGAGAAGGAGGGCCUCUGUCCUUCUCCGUGACAGGGCCUCGCUCCGACCUCCUUCGUUUAUUCCGCCUCUUUCCUGUCUUUCCUCUCGGGGGGCCGGGCAGCUUCUCUCGUGGUUGCUUCUGUGUCUCUUCCUCACGGCCCUCCCAUUUCACCAGGACAACAACAACAACCCUGCGAGGCAGGGCCAGAAGGGGAAAAGGGAGCCCCGUUGAACCAAAAAAAGGGGGGGUAAGGAAAAAAGAGCAGAGUAAGUCAGGUCUGCUUAAUCAAAAGCUAGCAAUAUCCAAAGGCAACACGAUGACCAAGUGCAACAAUGAGAUGUCGAUAUAAACUCUAUAUAAUCUUUAUAGAACAAUACGAAAUAUAUGGAAUAUGCACUCUCUGCAAAACCAAAUAAACAGAAAUCUUCUAAAUCUCUAAAAGUCACAAAAUAUGGAUUCUCUUGAAAACAUAGAACCGAAAGAUGGAUUCUCUUGAAAACAUAGAACCAAAUAAACAUAAGUCUUAUAGGUCUCUGAAAGUUUUUGUGGGCUAUGCAAGUCUCUGAAAGAAGCAAUGGGUCAGAUUCUUAUCUGGUGAAAACAAGCCGUAAAGCUUUGUUUUAUGACUUCCAACGCUGCUGAAGUGGUCCACAAACAGAUGUAGUGAACAAUGAUCUAAAACUAAGCAGACCCAGUGACUGUGGUCCUCAAACUUUUUUCUCAGGACCAUUCUUUCAGAAUAAAAAUUUUCCCGCACCACACCAGAUUUUUAAUUCAUGAGUAAUGCCUUGGAAAACUGAAUAUUGGUUUUAUAUAGCAGACGGAUGAAGAAUUGGAAGUUCUUUACUCUCCGAUUUUUAAAUUUUUCAUAGAAUCUUCGAGUUGGAAGGGACCCAAGGGUCAUCUAGUCCAACCUUUCUGUUUUUUUAUUGUAUCUGUAUGAAAGUCUUGGUUUGGUAAAUAAGGAAAAAUAUUUCAAGUUUUGUAUUUUUUCCCUAUAAACCUUAAUAAAUUUUAUUUUUUUAAAAAGGGAAACAAAAAGAAACCACUCCUAGCCAUGCUUGAUUUAUAAUAGGACAUCCAGAAAGUAUAAAAUAAUGCAGCUACAUAAGAACGUGAAUAAUAUUGAUUGUCCUUGAAUUUUGCAGCCACACCAGGGUGGUACUGCGAACCACUGUACUGUAAUAGCAGGACCAAAAGUAAAAAGGGAGCUUCAUUGUUCCCAAAAAGAGCAUGGUAAGACUUAAUAGUAUUAAUUUAUACCUACAUACAUACAUACAUACAUAAAUACGUACAUACUUUUAUUUGUAUGCUGCCUUUCCACAGUUCAAACCAUGCCGGAGGUGUCUUAUAACAUGAAAAAAUGCAUAACUACAACAUACAAAAGUGAUUCUAAGCAAUAAAUAAAACAUGAAAUAAUACACAACCAAACUGAACAAUUUCUAGACAUUCCUAAUCAAGGUAUUGCCCUUCUGUGAAUCCUGUUAGGAAAGCUAGGCUCUGAGAUGGUGAUUGGCCCAAGAUCACUGUGAGUUUCAUAGCUAAUAGGAUUUUGACCCUGGGGCUGACUAGCUGUAGUCCAAUGCUGUAACGUUCUAAUUACACUUUUUACUAUUGUGUUUCACAUAGAAACAUGAUGCAUUUGUCAACAUCCCUUGUAUGUCAAGGUUUCUGACAUGGCAAAAUUUUACCUUUUAAUAUUUCUGGUACUAAUAUUCCCCCACCCCUUCUCUUUCUUUUCUCCUCACCCAUUUUGUGAUUUUUCUGCUAUUUGUUGAUGUUUGCUGGUGGGUGGGCUGAGGGGAUCAGGUGAGGUUUCAGCAUUUCCCUGAAAUCAUUUUAACAAGGAUUAAGAUGAGCUCACGGGUCUUGUUGUCGCUUCAGAUGGUCUUUGCUCCCGUGUUAAUUAUUGUUUACCCCUUGCUGUGCUUCCUGACCACCCUAUUCCUCAGGAGCACCUAUGUUUUUAAAGUAAAGGGCUGAGCAGUGAGGUGACCAGGUUGCAGAUGAUACCGUAUUAUUCAAGAUGUUGAAAAAUAAAGCAGACUGGAAAGAGCUGCAAAAGAAUCGCUCCAGACUGGGUGAAUGGGCAACAAAAUGACAGAUGAGGUUGAAAGUAAGUUUCAAGUGAUAUACAUGGGGACAAAUCAAUCGUAUCUUCACAUGUAGACAAACGAGGAAAUUAGAUAUUGGGGUAGUGUUGAGUAGCUCAGUGAAAAUGUCAAGCCACCGUGCAGCACCUUUGUAAAAAAGGCCCAGUUCUAUUCUAGGGAUUGUUAGGAAAGCCAAAGCUGUCAUUCAAAUCUAUGGUGUGAACACACUUGUAUACAAUUCUGCUGUCUGUAUCUCAGACAACCAGAAUAAUAUGGGGCUAAAUUCCCUUCUAUACAGGGAAUAUUUAGGUCUUCAGGAGUGUCUAGCACGCUCAGUUGUGCUUAAAAUGUGAUCCAUGGCUAUAAAUCCCCUCAGCCCUGCACAGCUUUAUUUAAGAGCCAAAAUAACAACCAAAUAGUUAAUCAGCUACUUAGAAUCUUAGAUAAUGUUUAGGGCUUUAUGCCUAAAAUUCUAAUUUUGUGAAACAUUCUCUACACACUAGAUCCCUCUAGUGGCCAUUCCAUAGAAAUGGUUCUAUUAUAACAGUCUUAAGUAGAAUUCUUAUCUAGUGCAUUGGGAAAAUUGGGUAAGUGGCUGUGGAUUUUACAGGGUGUCCUAUGAACACGGUGCCCCAUGACAUUUUAUCCAUGGAGCAAUCUGUGUGUAGCUAUCUGACAGUGCGUUAACUCUCAGCGACUGCAGAAUGGUACAAACAGGGCUACUUCUGUCGCUACAAUAGUUACACACCUUUUCAGUUUAGAUUAUAAAAUGCAUUACAGAGAACAGUUGUUAAAAUGGUGAUAAAAUAAUAAAACUGACAUUAAAAGAUAGCAACAUCAGCAGAGAAAGCUAUUGUUAAAACAGCGUCAUAAAAUUACCAAAAUGCAGCCUGGAUUUUUUUUUAAAUGGUUCAUAAAGAAAUAAUAACCAUGGUUAGCUCUAAAAAGGGGAAAGGGAUUUGUGUUUGAGAAGCGGAAAGGAGCAGAGGAGCCCUCUCUAGUAACUGUGAUUGGGAGAUCAGGCAGCAUUAUAUCUUCAUUGGCCUAUACCAGGGACCUGUAAUUUCACGAUGGUUAUCUUUUUCCUUUUUCCUUGCAUUCUCAGGGACAGGUAUCGAUUCUUCGCCUGCCUGCUGAGAGCACGGUUUGAUGAACAUAAGGAUGAAAAAGAUAUGGUGAAAGCAUCCAAGUUGUUGCUGGCUGGUGAACAAGAAUUUUGGGAAAAUAAACACUCUGAGCCUUACAUCUUUCCUGAUGCUCCAGGAGGCACAUCUUAUGAGAGAUACGAGUGCUACAAGGUCAGUACAUUACAAGGCAACUUGGGACUAACCUCCGUAAUCCGUUGCAAACAGCACUGUGCACAUGCUUGGGAUAGUUAUCAUAGUUUCAACAGAGAGUAUUGGCACAACCCUUUGAGCAGUCAGAAGGGAAAAAGAAAGGGCUGAUGUGUUUUCUUUUCCCAAAGAAAAUGAAAUCGUUGAGUUCCAGGAGUAUACUUCAGACAUGGGAAAAUGUAAGUGAGAAAAGUAUCAGGUCUUGGGCAUAACAAAGAGUCAUGGAGAGGUAGAGAGACCAAAUUUUUGCUAGAACACAGAAGUUGUCUUCCAAUAAAGUAUUAUCAAAAGGGGGGGACCUGUGUGCGUCCUAAAAGCAAGAAGAUGGAUGCACUGAGCAGCGCUGCUUCUGCCAUUAUACAAAUACCUGCUGCAUUGAUCUUACUGUCACUCUCAUAGAAUCAUAGAAUCAUAGAGCUGGAAGAGACCACAAGGGCCAUCGAGUCCAACCCCCUGCCAAGCAGGAAACACCAUCAGAGCACUCCUGACAUAUGGUUGUCAAGCCUCUGCUUAAAGACCUCCAAAGAAGGAGACUCCACCACACUCCUUGGCAGCAAAUUCCACUGUCGAACAGCUCUUACUGUCAGGAAGUUCUUCCUAAUGUUUAGGUGGAAUCUUCUUUCUUGUAGUUUGGAUCCAUUGCUCCGUGUCCGCUUCUCUGGAGCAGCAGAAAACAACCUUUCUCCCUCCUCUAUGUGACAUCCUUUUAUAUAUUUGAACAUGGCUAUCAUAUCACCCCUUAACCUCCUCUUCUCCAGGCUAAACAUGCCCAGCUCCCUUAGCCGUUCCUCAUAAGGCAUCGUUUCCAGGCCUUUGACCAUUUUGGUUGCCCUCCUCUCAUCCAUGCUGAAGAGGAGUACAAGUUGGAGGGUUAGAUGUGCAUCCUUUAAAUAGCUCACAUUAUCAGCUUCAGAAGCAGCAGAAGAACCAUAUUACAGUGGUACCUCAGGUUACAUACGCUUCAGGUUACAGACUCCACUAACCCAGAAAUUGUGCUUCAGGUUAAGAACUUUGCUUCAGGAUGAGAACAGAAAUCGUGCGGCGGCAGUGGGAGGCCCCAUUAGCUAAAGCGGUACUUCAGGUUAAGAACAGUUUCAGUUUAAGAACGGACCUCCGGAACGAAUUAAGUACUUAACCCGAGGUACCACUGUAUCCAGAAGAUCCAUCAUUUUAACGGGUGGGAGUGAUUGCGGGUCACUGGAACCCUACAUAUCAGAAAGGUAGUGCAUGCCCAAAUGGCCCCUGGCAACCAACCAUUCAUUUGGAAAGUGAGGUAGUUCUGCCCAUACCUCUACCAAAUGAGUUGGAUGGCGAAAUUUCUUCUUUUCUAGUAGCUGCUCAGUAUGCUGCCAUAGGAGCCCAUGAGGAAAUGUAUAAUAUUUUUCAUUGGGUAUGUGAAGCUGUCUUGUAGUCAGACGUAGACCUGUCCUGUGUCUUACCAGCCAUGCUGCUCACUCCAACAUGGAGAUGGUGGGGACUGAACAGGGACCUUUUGCAUACAAAGAAAGCUCUCGCACUGAGCUCCGGCAAGCUAUGGCCUCUUCCCUCUUCGUUUAGGCUCACUGAGAGUCUUUUGGAAGGUGGAUAGAUGAUAUUUAUUCUAUUGGCUCUCCUGACUAUAGUCCAGUAUUUUAUUGUAGGAUCUUCUGACUGAAGAGUAGUUGUGUGGCACAAGUUGACUCAUAGAAAUGAAGCCCCACAAUGGGGUGCACACCUUGUAAUUCUUUCUUCUCAAUUUGGUUUAAACUGCACAUUGCAGCAAUUCAAGCCUAAAAAUUGCUAGGUCUUUAUUAAACUAGUCUACCGGGUCUUUAUUAAACUAGCCUCUUAAACAAAGGAGCACAUUGAAGCGUUACAGGAGAAACAUUGUGCCUUCUAAGAGACAAGCAAUCUUUGCCUACAUUGUUACUGCAGUGUUUUAAGUCAUGGUCUGGUUUCCAAUCUGACAGGCACCCGAAUGGUUCCUAGAUUUAUGGCAUCCUUCAGAGAAGGCAAUGUAUCCGGACUACUUUGCCAAGAGAGAGCAGUGGAAGAAGCUGAGGAUGGAAAGCUGGGAGAAAGAGGUUGGUCUUGCUGCUUCUACUACAUGUACUGCAGUGUAGAUUUCUGUGUGGUGAGAAAGAAAAAAAAUGGCAGUCGCAUAUAUUUAAACAUUCUGCUUGUUUCCCAACAACCUGUCUUCAAAGGUCGUCAUUACCAUGAGGCCUAGAUACCUCAUUAUCAUCUUUGAAAGCUCAUUCUCACUUUGCAAAUGCACAGCACUGCAUUUCAGUGGCAUGUUGCCCAUCCCAAAUUAAGUGGCUAAUCUGGAUAGCUUCUUCUCUCCCCGCUCAGGAUACCAGUUAGUACUUCCAUCUUAUCUUGGCAUGGGAAACUUUCUGAUACAUGUUCAGUCCAGCAGGACACAAGCAUGCAUUGCUAUAAGUCUCCUGUGGAAAUGUAUGGGCACCAAGCUUGAAGUGGGCAACUCUAUAUAAAUAAAUUCUUGGAGAUGUACUCUUGGUGGCUACUGACUUGGUUUCACUCUCUAGGUUCAGCAGCUUCAAGAAGAAACCCCAGCAGAUGGGCCCAAGACGGAAGCCCUGCCUCCAGCACGGAAGGAGGGACACCUGCCUCCCCUGUGGUGGCAGUAUGUCACUAGGCCACGGGAGCGUCCAGCAUAAAAAGAUCAACUUUCCAUGUACAAAAACACUUCUCCAAGAGGAGAUGAAGCCCUACCAGUAAAAAGAAUGUCUGCAUGCAUUACUGUGGUACAUGUACCCAAUAAAAUAAAGUUCAGUGUCAAUCAGUG